GACAAUUGACAGUUAAAUGUCAUUUUUCCCGGUAAAACCAUAUGAUUCUUGGAAGCUUAGGAAGAUCUGUUAACGUAUUUUCGGUAUAUCUGAAGUGUUUUCGAUUUAUUCGAUCUUCGAAAGUUUCAUAUAAAAAUAGUCAUAUCAGCUCAAUAAUGCCUCCAAAAAGGAAAGCUGCUAAAGUUGAAGUAGAAACUGAAUCCGUUGCCGAACAGGAACCCGUAAAAUCUAAACGAGGGAAAAAAGCUAAAGAGGUUGUUGAAGCAAAUGGGGUAGAUAAUGAAAUAACUGAAGAAGGUCCAAAAAGGAGUACAAGAGUGAAGAAAACUGUUGCGAAUUAUACAGAAGAGAAAGAGGUUAAGGAACCCAAACCGGAUAAACCGAAACGAGUGGUUAAGAAAAAGGCCGCCAAAGAGGAAGCUGAUCCGAAAAAAGAAGAGGAACCAAUAGAAGAACCUUCGAAUGAAGAUUCAUCUGAACUUCCAGAAGACACUAAACCCGCCAAGAAGACGAAAAAAACCUCUGGUAAGGAGAAAGCCAUUAAGAAAACGAAAAAGGCAGCAGGAGAACCAGCGGAACCGAAAACGAGUAAAAGAACUAAAAAAGCUCCAGUAGAAGUGGAAGUCGAGGAGAAUAACGAGGAGGAAGAAAAAGUAUCUGAAAAGAAGACGAAAAGAGGAGGGAAGACUAAAAAAACGCAGGAAAAGAGCGAAAACGGAAACGUAGAGAAAAAACCGAAAGUUUUGCAAAAUAAAACUACGACCGAUUGGAAAUCGAUCGAUUUCAGUUGUUCCAAAAAAAAUUCUUACGAAGUACCCCACAAUCUCAUAGUGAGUACAUGGAAUAUAGGAGGACUCAAAAGUUGGGUUAAUAAGGGAUGUCAGGAAUAUUUGACCCACGAAAAUCCGGAUAUAUUUUGUGUUCAGGAAACUAAAUGUAGCGAAGCAAAGCUACCGGACGAAAUAAAAAAUUUGAAUCUCUACAAACAAUAUUGGUGCGGUAGUAAAAAGGAAGGUUACGCGGGGGUCGGUAUUUUCACAAUAACCGAACCGAAAAACGUAACGUACGGUAUCGGCGACGAAACCCAAGACGAAGACGCCCGAUGUAUCACGGCCGAAUACGACAAUUUUUAUUUAGUUAACGUAUACGUACCGAAUUCCGGUCGCAAAUUGGUGACGUUACCGAAACGAUUGGAAUGGAACGAUCUGUUCGUCGAUUAUAUAAAAAAAUUGGACGAAAAGAAACCGGUGAUCAUUUGCGGCGACAUGAACGUAUCUCACAAAGAAAUAGAUUUGGCCAGACCGCAAAAUAAUACGAAAAACGCCGGUUUCACCCCCGAGGAACGGAAGGGUAUGACGGAAUUUUUGAAAGAGGGCUUCGUCGACGUCUACAGACACUUCUAUCCCGACGAGAAGGACGUUUAUUCCUUUUGGACGUACAUGGCGAACGCCAGAUCGAAAAAUAUCGGAUGGAGAUUGGAUUAUUUCGUCGUUUCCGAAAGGUUGAUCAAAGGAGUUUGCGAUAUUAAAUAUAGAACGGAAGUUUUGGGAUCGGAUCAUUGUCCCGUAACGCUUUUUAUAAACGUCUGAUUUGUUUUUGUGCUAAAUUUGACCAUAGAUUGUAUCUAAUACUAAUUUUUUUUCGUCUA